AUUAACCAAUCUCUCUCUCUCUCUCACUCUCUCUCCCUCUCUAAAUAUAUAUAUAUAUAUAUAUAUGUUUAUAUAUAAUGGCUCCAAAAAACGAAGAAUCAUCAAAAAGAGUAAUGAACAGAGGAGCAUGGACUGCCGAGGAAGACAAAAAACUUUCACAGUAUAUCAAAAUCCAUGGUCCAAGCAGGUGGAAGACUCUCGCUAUCCAAUCAGGUUUAAAUCGAUGUGGGAAGAGUUGCAGAUUGAGGUGGUUAAAUUACCUAAGACCCAACAUUAAGAGAGGCAACAUAAGUGAGGCUGAAGAGGAUUUGAUACUGAGGCUCCAUAAACUAUUAGGAAACAGGUGGGCUUUAAUAGCCGGGAGACUUCCUGGCCGAACAGACAACGAAAUAAAGAACUAUUGGAAUUCUCACUUAAGCAAGAAAAUAAAUCAACCGGAGAAUUCACGGCGGCAACCUUUGGUGUUGCAACAGCCACCGCCACCACCACAAGAGACUGCUCCGCCGCCAAAGGUCCGGGAAGAAGAAGGCAAAGGAAAUGGGAACAACUUUGAGUUGAACUUUGAUAUGAAUGAGUUGAUUGACUUCUCAGCCGGAGGUAAUUUCUAUGAGUUAGAGUGGAUGAACACGUUUCUUGAUCGGCCCGAUGACGACACUCACGGUCUUAAAAACGCUCAUAAUUAGUGGAUGAUAAUUUUUUGCUUUUAUUUUUAGUUAGACGAUCAAUUUCAUUGUCAUUAUUUCAACAAAAACAAAAAAACACUAUUGCCAUUACCUUUUACACAUAGAAAUAAUAUAUAUAUAUAUAUAUUUUGA